GCUGAGGGAGUAUCACCAAACUCCACUGAAAUUAAAUAGACUGUAUGAAUUAUAAUAGUUUGGGGCCUUGCGAGUAUUAGCAGACAUCCCCAGUGUCACAAUGCUAUUUUAACUGUUAGCUAAAAUCUCUGCGCUUCUGCUGUCGAAACCAUCACUCCUGAAUCUACCAUCAAAGUUUUUUAAAUCUAAAGUCGCGCCAAACGACAGUGAUGCGCUGCAAUCAGGCUUCAUUUGCAGCACCUGUUUCAUUCUCAAGCCGAAAGGAAACUUUCGACCUUCACUGUUUUUUCGUUUUUAGUCGGAAAGCCGUGAAGCUCUGUAUAUGUAUUGUUUUUUAUUUAUGAUUUCUUGAAGAUGCAGAAACCCUUGAAGAAAUAUUUUGUAAACAUGGACGAGUAUCUGGCCAGCAUCGGGCUCUACCGAAAAAUGAUGGCGAGAGACGCGUCCUGUCUGUUUCGAGCUGUUUCUGAGCAGCUUUACUACUCCCAGAAUUACCAUCAAAGAAUAAGAAAACAGUGUGCCAACUUCAUGAGGGCAAACAGAUGUAACUUUGAACCUUUUGUUCAAGGAUCUUUUGAGAAGUAUUUGGAACGCUUGGAAGACCCCACGGAAACCACAGGACAAGUGGAAAUAAAAGCACUGUCUUUAGUGUACAGGCGGUGCUUUGUCAUUUACAGGUAUCCAGGUAAGCCGCCAACUGAGAUUGCAGAGGAAGACAAUUUGCCUAAGAUUUUGCUGUGUUGCUCAAACAACGGCCACUAUGACAUUGUUUACCCCAAGACCUAUCCAGUGGAUGCUGCACUAUGUCAGGCCUUGUUGUAUGAACUGUUAUACUCUCGUGUUCUGGGAGUUGAGGAAGAAGAGCUGCAGGUGGCGCUGGAGGGAUUCAAAGGAGGGGGACGACGAUACAGAAACAGCCAGUCCAUGUGCAGUGAGGACGCUGGCUACGACACCCCAGAAGACCGGCCUCAGAGAGAAGAAUGGGAGUCGAGUGGUCACUGCCGCUCAGAAGACAAAUCCAGGGCUGGAGCUGAGGACCAGAAGGCCACAGAAGGUUCAGGAAAACUGGUUCUGCCGUACAAGGUACUAAAGGCUUUGGAGCCAGAGCUGUACCGCAACGUAGAGUUUGACGUGUGGCAAGACAGCCGCAAAGAGCUACAGAAGACUGAUUACAUGGUGUUUGCUGGCAGACAGUACUUUUUAGGAGAUAAGUGUCAGGUCCGCUUGGAUCCAAAAGGGAAGUACUACAAUGCUUUCAUUCAAGAAGUAGGGAGUCACACCACUGCAGUGACCGUGUUCAUUGAGGAGCUUGCAGAAAAGCACCUGGUUUCCUUGAGUAAUCUGAAGCCAGUGAACCCUGUGCCAGCCUGGAACAUCACACCAAGCAGAAAGGGAAACUCCUACAACCAUCCAGAGCAGUACACUGGAGAACUAGACCCCGAGCUGCGCGGACGCCGAAGGUUCUUCAAGAAGCCUCGUGGGGUGCACGGUCCCGCUCCACCACCACCAGGCCUGGCCUAUGAACACUACCGACCCCAUCCUUCACCUAGACCACCGCGUGGGUACGGACCACCCAGUUCUGGCCGAUUCCUGAACAGACACCAUCUUAUUGGACCAGACAUGGCCUAUUAUCCCAGUCCUAGCAAGCGCUGCUACCAGAGUUUUGAUAACUACUCUUUCAGGUCACGAAGGAGUCGAAGGCAGAUGCACUCUCUGAAUAAAGAGUGUCUGAGUUGUGUUCCUGAGCCAGGAGAGGACGCCCAAGACAUGGAGGGCAGUAUCACCUUCUAUGAGAUUGAGGAGACUGAUGAGAGUGCCUUCUCCCCAAUACGGGGUCAAGCAGUGUCCAGCCCCAUGGUUUCAGGGGCCACUGCUUACUGGGUGCCAAGAGUUCCCAGUCCAAUCCCUCCUUCAGGCAAACAGACCAUGACAUCAUCAGAGGAGGACCCUGAUGAGAGGAAUACUGCUGGUGACCAAGGUGAUUACUCCGAGGAGUACAUCUACUCUGCUGCAGAGGCAGGAUAUCAGAAUCCAUCAGUGUAUGCAGCUGCAGCAGAGUCUACCACCAAUCUGACCAUUCAAGAAGGAAGUUCUCGUGCCGGGUCGCCACAAGAGGGUGUCGCCACCUACAGUUACUCACAACAGGUGGUUGUGAAGUCAUCUGUCCUCUCCUCUUCUCAACAAAUCAACUCUGCCCCGGCUGCAAUCUUCACUUCAAACUCUUCCUCUUCAUCCACUGGGAGCUCCCAGACCCCCCCAAACCCCCUGCAGCCCAACAGCAUCCCGGGACAGCCGCCACCCCAGAAUGUUCUGGGCAGGCCUGCAGUUCCAUGGUUUGUGAAUGAGCUGGGAGAGCCAGUCGCCUUGGCACCUCCUCCACCCUACUCGUAUGACCCCAAUGGCAGUGACCUUCCAAGAGAUUGCAAAGUGCUUCAGUACUACUACAAUUUGGGGGUACAGUGGUAUCAGCAGAGUUACUGGCACUCUAUGGUGCAAAUGCAGCAGGUGUAUCAGCAGCCGGCCGCAGACGCUCAGUUCCAGCCGUACUCGAGCGCCGUUCCUACCGCUGACCACACCGUUCCCCAGACCUACCCUGAUCCUGUCCGCACGUGCCCCCAUCCACAAGGAGACGUGCCCAGCAACGGCACCUCUCUGGCUAUGGAAAGCCCUCCCACUGUGGUCCCCGGCACGGUGUUCUACCCCCUGAUGCAGGAGCAGUGCGGCCAGCAGCCCCUUCACCCCAGCUAUGAGCCCUACGUGCCCGUGCUUUCCACAACAUAUCACUACCUCACGCCCUGGACUCACGGUGCUGGCCCGCAUCCCCGCAUCCACCAUGCCACAUACUGCCCCUCUUCCUCUCACUCCCCCGUCAACUACAUCACCCAGACCCACCCCACCCAUAUGCCACACUCACAGUUUGUCUAAGUAUCGUUUACCAGCAGAAAUGUUCUCGCUUACGUUGUUCAGUUGUUAGUUCUGUAUUGUUUUCACAGACGAAUGGUUAUUUAGGGAUCCUGCAGUGUUACUCGGUACAUGAAUAGAAAGGCAGGACAGAGUAGAUGUGCUUUUGCCACCCCGCACGUUCUCUCCCAAAUGAACAUCAUUUCACCGAUUUAAUAAGCAUAUAUUGGAUUCCCCCAUUCAAUUAUUUGUGGAUUUUAAAAAGUGACUCGAUUCUAAAUGUAAUUAGAAUUCACUUCUCAUUUGUUUUUACAAAUGUUUGCACGCUUCCAGAAUGUAGUCGUUUAGCAACACACCAGGAGUUCAAUCCUUAGGAAACCAUUGUCUGUUUUUUCUAUGUAAAAAAAAAAAAAAAAAUUCACUUAUUGUAGCUGC